AUGUCACGCAGCAGGAUCGCACACAUUGCAGCCCUUUCUGCGGCUGUGGGUGCCGUGUACGGCGCUGAGAUUUACGUCUCGCCGACGGGCACUGGUACUGGUUCGCAGACUUCCCCGUAUGGAUCCAUCCAAUCUGCCGUGAAUGCAGCAGUUGCUGGCGACACCAUCUACCUCCGAGCGGGAACCUACUCGCCAACUACCAAUAUCCAGAUCACCAAGAGCGGCACCGCCGCCUCGCCGAUUACUCUCAGAUCUUAUCAGUCAGAGAAAGUGAUUAUUGAUGGAGAGGCACUUCCUGGUACUCCCUAUGGUCUUGACGAAUCUCUGCCAAACAACGAGAGAGGUAUACUUCACAUUGAAGGUGCCGAUUAUUGGAAGUUUUACAAUCUUGAACUCAUCAAUGGCCCGUAUGGUAUCUACGCCCGCGACGCAUCUCACAACUACUACGAGUUGCUCUCCACGCACGACAACUACGAGUCGGGCUUUCAACUCCAGGGCGCUUCAGAGUACAACACGGUCAUCUACCUAGACUCGUACCGCAACCGGGACCCGCGCAAGAACGGCGAGAGCGCCGACGGCUUUGCCUGCAAGGAAGGCUCGGGCGAGGGCAACGUCCUGCGCAAUGCGCGGCUCUGGGACAAUGUCGACGACGGGCUGGACCUGUACAUGUUCGGCUCGGCCGUGACCAUUGACGAGGUCUACUCGUGGGGCAACGGCGUCAACCGCUGGGGCUUUACCGAGUUCGAGGGCGACGGCAACGGCUUCAAGCUCGGCAUCACGGGCAACCCCGUCGCCAACCACACCAUCACCAACAGCAUCGCCUUUUCCAAUGCCAAAAAGGGCUUCAUUGAUAAUGGCAACCCGGGCUCUCUCACCUUUAACAGGAACACGGCCUGGAACAAUGGGGACACGGGCUUCCUGAUGCGCAGCUCGGCUUCGAAGCUGACUAGCAAUGUGGCCGCGGUCAACAGCGCCAGUCCCCAGGUGAGCCUCACCAGCAAUUCCACCUCGUCGGGCAACUCGUGGGAUUCAUCGACGACGUGGUCCAACAGCUCCUUUGUUAGCGUUGACCCGGCCACCUUGAAGGGUGCACGAGCAGCGGAUGGUUCGGUGCAGGCCUCGGAUUUUCUGAUUCCUGCGUCUGGGGCUGCCAUCGGAGCUUCGACAAAGGUGGCGGUUUGA